UUGAAACUUUACACAUGUACUUAGGGUUAUAAUUUGAAGGUCAUAAUUGUAUGUCACUGACCAAGUUCCAUAACUCUAUCUUGCAUAAAGGCUGAUUCAUAUCCCCUUUUCUACUUAAUCUCUUGGUUAAUGUUUACAUGCAAGUUUUACAUAUCUCAAUAACUAUUAAAGAUAUUUAUUUAAAACUUCACAUAUGCAUUAAGGGUCAGAAUUGUAGGUCACUGACAAAGAUCCAUAAUUCUAUCUUGCAUUUAGGCUGAUUUUUCUUCCUUUUUUCAACUUAAAAAAUUCAUGGUAAAGUUUUGCUUGUAAGCUGUUAUCUCCAUAACUACGGAAGGGUUUGUGCCUUUUUUAGGACAAUUUUAUGCAUUUGUAAUAAUAAAGCAGUGAUUUACUUGAUAAAACAUCUUAAUAACAAGCCUUUGUACCUUUUCUGUCAAUUUUAUAUAUUCAUAGGUAAUUCGUAUCAUUAUACGCAAUAAAGCACCCUUGUGACAUUACCUUCCAAAUAGUCAAGCCAAUACUGUAUAAUUAGACUCUCUCUAAGACCUAUAACAUGAAUUUAUAAAAAAAAAUAGCCUUUUUGUGAACUUAAAAAAUUUAACAUUAUCAAGGCUCUUUUACUAUCAAGCAAUUAGAAUAGUCGAGCGUGCUGUCCUACCGACAGCUCUUGUUAUAUAGAUAAUGAAUGUUGAAAUUUGACAUCUUUGUGUGAAAGAGUCGUAACUCCUUCUUUAUUUAGUAUGAGUUACAACCCUUUCACACCAAGCCCUUGGUUUGUUUGAGCUUUUAAUUAUUGAAUGGAAAAUUUUUUCUUCUUUGUUAGUUACAAAAAUAUAUCCGAACCUGAAGAUAGGCUAGAUGUUGAUGAAAUAUUUUUAUAUUCUUACAAGGAACCAUAUUUCUGGGACUACUCCUAUAUGAAUAUAACAGAACCAGCAGGAGACCUAUACCUCACUCCAGUUACACCCAGGCCCUACAUGUUCCCUGAAACCGAUGAGGUAUUCUGCGACUCCCCAGGCGCUGCUGUUUCACCAGAUUUCAUCCCCUACACAUGUCCUCCGGCAGGCUGUUUCUAUUACCUUGCUACAGAAGAGGCCGACAGUGUAUUCCAUCCUAACUGUUACUCCCCAGGCUGUGAAUCCCCAAGAUUACCCCUUAGGAAUAUGCAAUGCUGGUAGGUCUUCUAUACAUUUUUUUGUAAUUAUACCCCCGCACAACAAAGUUGUAAGGGGGGUAUACUGGAAUCAGCUUGUCCAGCUGUCCGUCGGUUUUUCUUGUCCGCCCAAUAACUUAAGAUUUCUUUGACCCUAAGUCUUCAUAUUUGGCAUGGAGGUUAGUCAUGAUUAGUAGAUGACCCCUUUUGAUUUUGAGGUCACUAGGUCAAGGUCACAGGGGCCUUGACUUCAAAAAGCGUGUCCGCCCAAUAACUUAAGAUUCCUUUGAUCUACAGUCGUCUUAUUUGGCAUGGAGGUUAGUCAUGAUAAGUAGAUGACCCCUAUUGAUUUUGAGGUCACCAGGUCAUAGGUCAAGGUCACAGGGGCCUUGACUUCAAAAAGCUUGUCCGCCCAAUAACUUAAGAUUCCUUUGACCCAUAGUCUUCAUAUUUGGCAUGGAGGUUAGUCAUGAUUAGUAGAUGACCCCUAUUGACUUUCAGGUCACCAGGUCAAAGGUCAAGGUCAUAGGGGCCUCGACUUCAAAAAGCUUGUCAGCCCAAUAACUUAAGAUUCCUUUUACCCAUUGUCUUCAUAUUUGGCAUUGACAUUAGUCAUGAAUAGUAGAUGACCCCUAUUGACUUUGAGGUCACAAGGUUAAAGGUCAAGGUUUCAGGGGCCUUGACUUCAAAAAGCUUGUCUGCCCAAUAACUUAAGAUUCCUUUGACCCACAGUCUUCAUAUUUGGCAUGGAGGUUAGUCAUAAUUAGGAAAUGAGCCCUACUGACUUUGAGGUCAAAGGUCAAGUUCACAUGGGCCUUGACUUCAAAAAGCUUGUCCACCCAAUAACUUAAGGUUCCUUUGACCCACUUCUUCAUAUUUGGCAUGGAUGUUGAUCAUGACUAUAAGGUGACCCUUAUUGAUUUUAAGGUCACUGGGUCAAAGGUCAAGGUCACAGGACCUUGACAAAAAAAACCCACUUUUCUUCUCAAUUGCUAAAGAAUGUCCUGUCCGCAAUGUAUUGAUUUUGACAUUUUCACAUUUGAAGCAUGUAGAAUACAUAACUUAGCAAUGCACUGGCUUAGUAACCUGAGAUUUAGCAGGGAGGUUGUCCUUGAGCUCUAAAUGGCCACUGUUGAUUCUGACAACGUGGUAUGCUGGGGUAUUCACACCAUUAUAGUGGCAGUUCUAGUUUAAGUUAGCUCCCUUUGAUAAUAUCACACCAUUUUCAUUUAAAAAGGUAAUAUGAGUUGUUUCCCAUUUAAGCAACACUAUAUAAAUAUAUCUUGUGAGAUCAUUAAAUUUUGUUCAGUAUUAUCUUUAAUUAUUGUAUCACCAUUAGCAACUUGCCUGUUCAUUUGAAGAAGCUCUCAUUCUUGUUACAUUAAGUGCUCAUCAAUCUUAUUACAGUUCUUUACAUGUAUCAGAUAUGAUAUUUUGAAAUGUAUCCUUUAGUCUAUAUAGAAUUUAUUUUAGUUUGUGUAACAAUCUAAAAGCUUGUAAACUCACUCUGAAACCUCUUCCUGGAACCAACCAGUACUGAGAAAUUAUAGUCUUAAGUUUCUGAGCUCAAAGAAACAAAGGCUUGCUCCUCAGACUGGGUUUGAACCCAUGUGUCUAGUAGCCAUCCUUAGAUGACUAGUCAUAGCAAUAACAACUUGACAUGCUACCACUAAAAUGUAUGAUAUGAUGAUGGUAUACAGGAUAUGCUCAAGAGGAGCCCCUUUUAUGAUAUUGCAUUUAAGAUAACUUACAUAACACUAUAUGAAUAUUUAAAAAAUAUUUGAGUAAGCUCCCUUUGAUAAUAUUACUUCAUGUAAGAUAAUAGGAGUAGUCUCCCUUUGAUACAAAAUGAACAUUUUUCUUUUCUCUUGACAUCAUGUCACUGAUAUUCUAAUGGUCUUUUUGUCUUUAUUUAAAAAAACUGAUUUUUUUUAUUUGAACUUCAGGUUGU